GGGAGCUUAUUUUGGAACAAGACACAGGCCCCCAUGGGCUGAUUCUCGCCUAAUAUUCGGUGUGUACAAACUUACGAGAUGCGAGUGUGCGUCUGGGCGGCAUGGGAUUGGCAAGGAACUCUUGGUGUGGCUUAACAUGGCUGUUACGAGGAAGUUCAAUAAAAGUAUAAAUGGUGAAGGGGCACUCAACUUCCUUCGUUCCAGAUCCCUAUCUUCCAUUCUCUUCACAACAGAAAUCUGAGCCAUAUCUAUAACGUAUCCCACAGGAGCUCACUCAAAAUGAGACUCAACUACCUUGCGGCCCUUUUCUUGGGCUCAUUCGUUGUUGCCCAGAAUGAUUAUCCCAAUCUCCCGACUUCCUUCCUUCAAACUUCAAGUCCUGUUACUCCACUGCUACAAGGAUUUCCAUGGGGCACAAGAACUGCCAACAAUACCAAUCCUUAUCCACCUGCCACUGGUGUCAUCCGUGCCUACGAUUUCACUAUCAAGCGGGGCACGGUAGCUCCAGAUGGUUAUACGAGGGAUGUUCUACUCGUUAAUGGCAAAUUCCCAGGCCCUUUGAUCGAAGCAAAUUGGGGCGAUACUAUCCAAGUUACUGUCCAUAAUGAAAUCAGUGGCCCUGCAGAAGGUACUGCCCUUCACUGGCAUGGACUUCUACAGAAAACUUCACAGUGGAUGGAUGGCGUACCAGGAGUUCAGCAAUGCCCGAUUCCCCCGGGAGGGUCCUUCACAUACAGCUUCUUGGCAGAUCUCUAUGGGAGUUCCUGGUAUCAUUCUCAUUAUUCUGCCCAAUACGCCGGAGGACUCUUUGGGCCCAUGAUUAUCCACGGCCCUUCUACUGUGAAUUAUGAUAUUGAUAUUGGCCCUGUUAUGUUGACCGAUUAUUACCACAAGGACUAUUUCAGCAUAUUAGAAGGAGUGAUGGGAACGAACCCAGAUCUUAGUCUGAUUGCACCACAAUCGGUCAACAACCUCAUCAACGGAAGAAACAAUUUUGAUUGCUCUACACUUACUUCUGACGAUACAGCUCACUGCGUCAGCAAUGCGGGUAUAUCUAAAUUCAAAUUCACAGCUGGCAAGAAACACCGACUUCGAUUGAUCAAUGCUGGAGCCGAAGCCAUCCAAAUGUUUUCUAUCGAUGGCCACAAUAUGACUGUCAUUGCAAAUGACUUUGUUCCUAUCAUCCCCUAUCAAACACAAGUUGUUACUCUAGGAGUUGGCCAACGGACAGAUGUUAUAGUCCAGGGUCUUCCUGUCAAGCAAGGCUCAUACACGAUGAGAUCGUCAAUUGCAGAUUGUUCUAGGACUAUCCAGCCAAACGCAACAGCUAUUGUCUACUACAGCAUCUUCAAUAAGGAAUCAAAACCAAAAUCCACCCCAUGGCCGGCCUUCACAGAAGCAGUUGCUAAUAAUUGCGCCAACGACCCGCUCACGGAAACCCAGCCCUGGUUCCCGAUCACGCCUGAUCCGUCUCCCCCAACCACAGAGACGAUCACUAUUGGAUUCGGCCAGAACGCAAGUGGCAACAGCGUCUUCACGAUGAACACAGUAUCUUUCCGUGCCAACUACAACGAGCCGAUCCUGCUGCUGUCGAAGCUCGGAAAUAACUCCUACCCCGACAGCCCUGAAUGGAAUGUCUACAACUUCGGCUCCAACUCCUCGAUGCGCAUCAUUAUAAAUAAUCCCGGCGGUCCGGCCCAUCCCAUGCAUUUACACGGCCAUAACAUGUUUGUCGAGAGCGUUGGUUUGGGAAGUUGGGAUGGAACCGUCGUCCGUCCUGCCAAUCCACAACGCAGAGAUGUGCAGAUUGUCCCGGCUGGGGGAUAUCUCGUCUUGCAGAUCACGGCUGAUAAUCCAGGAGCCUGGCCAUUGCAUUGCCAUAUUGCAUGGCACGUGUCUGCUGGGCUUUACGUCACUGUGCUGGAGAGACCAGCAGAUAUUGCGAACUUGCCAAUUCCGAGUAUUAUGUCGCAGACUUGCAGAGACUGGGCGGCUUUUGAGAACACGACAGUCGUGGACCAGAUCGAUUCCGGGUUGUGAUCCCCUUCCCCAUUUUUACAUCGUUUUACAGUUGACCUGAGUAAUUUGG